CCCCCCACACCACCACCCCACCACUUUCCUCCCCCCCUCCCCAAAGGUUCACUGUGGCAUGUGGGCGUAACAAAAAAUAAGUGGGUUAUCGGGCCCCAACCCUUUUUAAAAAAAUCCUCUCCAUACCCCUACCCCCAACCCCCUUCACCCAUCCCACAUCAAUUCCCCCCAACCAUCACCCUCCCACUUCAACCACUAACCCUCCCCCUCCAAUUAACCCCUCCUUCAUUAACCCAACCCCCCCACCCACAAUCCCCCCCCCCACCACCCACACCCCCACAACACCCCCAACCCAAAACCCCCAAACACCCACACCCCACCCACACCCCCCCACAAAACCACAAAAAACCCCCCCCACACCCCCCCCCCCCACCCAACCACCACCCAAAAACCCCCCCAAAAAAACCC